AUGAGGAUUGACACGCAUCACCACAUACUACCUUUGAUCUGGCUCGAUGUCUUCAAUAAUAUCACUAAAGGCAUUCAGUUGCCUCCAGGACUAGCAAUGCCUGCCUGGUCGGUAAACUCGAGUCUAUCAGUCAUGGAACAGAAUGGCAUAGGAGCCGCCAUUGUAUCCCUUAGUGCGCCAGCCUUCUCCAUCAUUCCCGACCCUCAGUUAGCUGCGAAAAUCGCUCGCGGAGUGAACCAAUACUCCGCAACUCUCCACGACAUGCACCCAUCACAAUUCGGGUUCUUCGCCUCAGUACCACCCCUCACCGACACCGCUGCCGCACUCGCUGAGAUCAAAUAUGCGUUUGAUGAACUAAGUGCCGAUGGCGUCGUGCUGUUUACCAGCUACGAUGAAAUAUAUCUCGGCAGUCCGCGCUUCCAGUCCAUAUGGGCUGAGCUCGACAAACGAGCCGCAGUCGUCUUUAUCCACCCUAUUCAAAACAUGAACCAAACGACUGUAAACGCCUUCCUCAAUCCAUCUGUCAUCGACUUCCCACAUGAAACCACGAGAACAGCAGCGGAUCUAAUCACAAGCGGUACCCUACGCAGAUACCCAAAUGUGAGAAUCAUACUAUCCCACGGUGGUGGCACAUUACCUUACAUUGCUACUCGCGCUGCCAACCUUCUCGGGGACAUUGGGCUCACGAACCAGAGCGCGACGGAGUUCCUUCAACAGGCGCAUCAGUUUUACUACGAUUUGGCGCUUACAUCAUAUGAAUUUCCCCUGGAGCUUCUUCUGCGCUUUGCGGACCCAGAACGUAUACUGUAUGGAAGUGACUACCCAUUCAUUUCUACGCGAUCAAUCGAGGAGCAGGUGGCUAUUUUCGACCGCUUAGAACUGAAUCACACAGUUAGAAGAGAUAUAACGCAUCAGAAUGCGCAGAAGCUGUUUCCACGAUUCGGAAGUGUGAAGAAGCCGACGUCUGCGAUGAGCUUAUUCAAAGUAGAUGUCAAUUCCUAA